AACGCCAAGAAGCAGAAGAAGAAGAGUGGAGUUUUUAGAGCGGAUGUAGAAAAGAAACAGAAGAGGAGAAGGAGAGAAAAGAGCUCCAAACGAUAUAAAAUUGGGGAAGGGCGUUAGAUAAGGUGUUUUAAUUGACACUGAAGUUUAAAAAAAGGGAAGACAGGAACGACUUAGGAGUAAAAAUAAAGAAAGCAAGAUGAUACAGCCUUACUUCCUGGAAAAUUUCUGGGGUGAAAAAAAUAAUGGGUUUGAUGUCCUCUACCAUAACAUGAAACAUGGACAGAUAUCCAGCAAGGAACUUGGAGAUUUCAUCAGAGAAAGGGCUACAAUUGAAGAGACAUACUCCAGAGCGAUCACCAAAUUGGCCAAGUCUGCUAGCAACUUCUCCCAGUUGGGGACAUUUGCUCCAGUAUGGGAUGUCUUGAAGGUGUCAACAGAAAAACUGGCUGGCUGUCACAUGGACCUGGUGCGCAAAUUGCAAGACCUCAUUAAGGAGGUGCAGAAGUAUGCAGAAGAACAGACCAAAGCCCAUAAGAAGACUAAGGAAGAAGUGGCGCCCACGCUGGAGGCUGUGCAAAACAUCCAGAGUGUAUCCCAGGCAUUGCAAAAAAGUAAAGAAAACUACAACAGCAAGACUCUGGAACAGGAACGCAUGCGCAAAGAGGGUUCCACUCAGAGAGACCUAGAUAAGGCUGGGGUGAAGGUUAAGAAAGCGAGAGAAGUAUACAAGUCCUAUGUGGAGAAAUACGGCAGCACAAAGGCUGAAUUUGAGCAAAAAAUGACAGAAACAGCACAGAAGUUUCAGGACAUCGAAGAAAAUCAUGUUAUGCAAAUGAAGGAAAUUAUCCAGUCAUAUUGUUACUUAAUUGAGGAUACACACAAACAGACUGGAGAGGUGCAGAAAGAGUUUGUGAAUAAUAUGGAGAACACGUCUGUGGAAAGUCUAUUACAGAAACUGGCUGAGAGCAAAGGGACCGGCAGAGAAAGGCCAGGGCCCAUUGACUUUGAGGAAUGUAAUGUUUCUCUUACUACAGAAGCUGCCAAACCUAGAAAGAGGAAGACCUUUGCAAUUCCAGGACGAAGAAAAGAUAAGGAUACAGAUUCCACUGAAUCUACAGAAGCCGAAACUCCUAACACAGCCAAUGGAGCACCCCCAGAUUUUUAUGGACCCAUAGAUUUUCAGAAUGCUAAUGUCCCUCAGGUGGAUGAAGAAGGUUUCUGUAUCAGGCCAGAAUUCAGUGAAAAUGAUACCAAAGACAACUCUUCAUCCAGUGAUUCAGAUGAAGAAGAAGAGCGCAGAAAAUUUCAUGUGGAAAUCAAACCUGUGCAGCCCAACAGUGGCACACAGCAGCACAAAGCCAACAUCGAUGAACUGAAGGCUUCUGUUGGAAACUUAACCCUUUCCCCCUUUGCUACGGUCCACAUGAGAAGGAACCAGUCCAGUGAUGAGUUGGGAAGAUCCAGAACACAGCAAGUGUCCUACCCAGAUAGAAUGACCAGCAAUGACCUCCUAUCUCUGGAUCCAUUUGGCCCCAGUCUCUCUGGUGCCACUGCCUCUAUAUCCUCAUCAGUUCCUCCACCUAACAGACCUACAACCCCUCUGGGCACAGCAGCAAUUGUUCCUCCUCCUCGUCCCUCAUCACGGCCCAAAAUGCCUGUAGGAAAAAUGACUGGCAUCAAUGAGAUUGCACGGCCAUUCAGUCCUUCUGUGGCAACCAAUGCUAGUCCUCUACCUACUGCACCUCUAGCACGAGCCGAAAGCUCCUCCUCACUGAGUUCUAACGCUUCGCUGAGUGCGAGUAACACACCCACCAUUGGGACAUCUCGUGGCCCCAGCCCAGUAACAUUAGGGUCCCAGGAUUCACUUCCCAUAGCUGUUGCUUUCACAGAGUCAGUUAAUGCCUACUUCAAAGGAGCUGAUCCCAAAAAGUGCAUAGUGAAGAUCACCGGAGACAUGACACUUUCCUUUCCUAGUGGCAUCAUUAAGAUCUUCACAUCCAGUUCCUCACCAGCUUUACUUAGCUUUAGACUCAAAAACACUAGCAAACUGGAGCAAAUACUACCAAACCAGCAUCUUCUACACAGUGACUCCUCUCAAAAUGACACUAACACUAAAGAUUUUUGGAUGAAUAUGCCUGCUCUGAUAGCAUAUCUCAGGAAGGCCUCAGAACAGAAUCCAACAUCAUCUUACUACAAUGUGGACAUCCUUAAGUACCAGGUGUGCUCCAAUGGAGUUCAAUCAACGCCGCUAAACCUAGCAGUGUACUGGAAGUGUACAGAGAGCACUACAGACCUGCGGGUGGAUUAUCACUACAACCCCGAGGCCAUGCAACCACCCGGACCACUUUGCAGCGUGCAAUUCCUUGUACCUGUUAGCGGUGGUGUCACCAACAUGCACUCACUCCCCAGUGGCAUCUGGAAUCCAGAACAAAGUAAGUCAUUAUGGAAGCUUAAUGACAUCUCUGAGAAGUCUGAAAAUGAAGGUUCUGGCUCUCUGAGGGCAAAGUUUGAGCUUUCAGAUGGCCCCUCAAUCCCAGCCACUCUGGCCGUUCAGUUCUUCAAUGAAAGUAGUACUCUCUCAGGUGUGGAAAUGGAGCUUGUCGGCUCUGGAUAUCGACUUUCCCUCAGUAAGAAGAGAUUAGUCUCUGGGCGAUAUAUGGCAGACUGCUGAGAUGUCAAACCAGAGGCACAUUUGCUCAAGUUAAAGGAUUAUUUUUGAUUGGCAUUAUAUAUACAUUUUCUCUCUUCUCAGUGGAGCUUAAAGGAAGAUGAAACAAAAGGGCUCUCACCCUGAUGGCUUUUCCUAUGCCUUGAAAUAUUCUCAUUACUUUGAACUAUCCUUCCAUCCAACCAAAUGCACCUUUCUGAAGAUGAAACACUUUUUUUAAUACACUUUCUCUUUUUCUUCUUCUUUUUCUUUUUUUAACUUAUGUAGCACUGAGAAUCAAACACUGUCUAAAAAAGAUUAAUAAAGAAAACCAAUAAGGAAUGUCCGAAUACUGAAGAAUAAGAAAAUGAAAAGUUGUAACCUGAUAUUUUUUAAUUAUUUUUAACUUUAAUAUAGUCUGUUUUUCGAUGUAUAGUUAAAUGUUAAUAUUAAAAUAUGACAUAUGUAAAAUAUGCAGUGUAAAACAAAAGGAAACAGAAAAAUAGUAUCUGCACUAACAAUUUAUCCAGAUCAUUUGUAUGGACAUUAACCUCUUAUUUGUAUAUUCAUAUUUUAUCCCUGAGGGUCAAUGAGGGACUAAAAUGCCUCAGGCAAUGUGAAACCUUGCAUUAAGUCCGAAAGCCUCCAGGACAGACCUGAGUUUUUUUCCUUAUUAAAUCUUGUAGCAUUCUGCUUAAUCUAGACAUCACGGCUAUUACCACACAGUGACAAGGUUUAUGUCUUUCAAUAGUUAGUAUUUCUUACAGUAAAUGUGCAAUGAAGGUAUAAGCUAUUAUAAAUAGAUUUUUAUGUGUUUUAUUUUCAGUUUUUAAUUUCAGUAUCAGGAAUUUUGAUCAGUUUUCUGACGUCAACAAUAUUUUAUUUUAAUUUUUUUUUUACCUUUGUGCCUAUUUUCUCAAAUCAAACUUGCGCUGUUCUAUUUUAUCCUUUUUACUGCUGGGAUCCAAAAGGGAGAACACUUAUAAAUGAAAACUUUUAAUUUAAUGCCUUGAUAAAAUGUAUUGGAAAUUCUACCAAAAAAAAAAAAGGAAAAAAAAAAAAAAGCACAGCAACACAGGGGGGCGGGGGGUACUAUCCAUAAUCACUGGUAAUCUGGUGUGAUGUGUUCUGAUCAGAUCUGAUUUUUAGAUUUGUUCUGUUAGAUUCAAAACAUCUUUUGACAUCUCUUUGACUUUUUAUUUUUAUAUUUUAUAAUUCACUGUACAUGUUGUUUGCUAUCAAAUUACAAAACUGAUGACUGUUAAACCAGCUGAAUAUUUUCUUGGAAAUUGUUGGAUAUUUGCUGUGGUUGAGUAAUCCUACUUGCAAUGAAUUAAUAAAUGACUGGGACUGAAAUGACCCAAAUGUUACAAAGGACUUGAAAAGUUAUAAUGAAAAUGGUAUUAACCUCCCCAUAUUCCUAAUUUAUUAUUUUUAUUUAAUAGUACUGUAUUUACUGUUAAAUACAAUUAGUACUGUACUUUAGUCUUAUAUUAUAUAUUAAUAUAGUACCAAAACUACAACAAUUUAAUUAUAGCUAAAACCUAGCAAUUUAAUAUCUAUGCAGCUGGCCACUUGUUUUCUACAGACACAGUGCAGUCAAGCUUGGUAGUUAUUUUAAAAACCAUUCAAAACCGUUAUAGAGUGCCAAAAGGGGGUACAUUGUGUUUUUUGUGUGUGUGUGUUUUUUUUUUUUUUUUUAUAAUGGGGAUGUGCCUUAUAUCCUUCUCUUAAGCAUUGGUUGUCUUAAGCGCUACUUUAACUGUGGAAUGAGGAAGAUAAAGACCCUUAAUAAUACAAAAUAAUUUUUGAUGUGUACUAAAAAUGUUUUGUGUAAAUGUGUAAUGAAUCCAGAGAUUGAUUUUUCUAGGGAUUUGUUUGUAGCAGCAAUAUCUUUUUGAACAAGAUAAUUUUUUUAUGACUAGGCUUGAGUUUUUUUAAUCACUCAACUUUGGUGUUUUAUUGGGAAUGUAUAAAGUGUAUGUGAUUUUAUUGAAAAUUUAUUAAAUGACAGGGCAUUUAGUAAAGAGACAGAUAUUAAGUGGUGGGCAAAAGAGUCAAAACUUAACUGUCGGACAUUUUUCUGUCCAGUAAAACUACAUUGUAUACUUUAGCAAGCUGGUUCUUGCUGCCUCCACAACCAUCAGAUAAAUGCAAAGGCAUUUUGGAGCUUUUCAGUACCUAGUCUCUGGUCUCAAUAUAUAUCAGUAUAAAUGUAUCAAAUGAUCUGUGCAAAUGAUUUUUCCCAAAAUGUUUAAACUUAACUGUUUUCUCAUGAUUUCAAUUCUGUAAUAAAUGUGUAAUCUAUAAAUCUAUACAAAUAUAAGAACUAUUGUAGAA